AUGGCUCCUCGUAACACGCCUGAGAUAUCUCCUUCUGUCAGACCACCCCAGACAGAAGGAGCCAACGAUAUUCCUCUCAAGACCAUGGAUGUUAAAGAAGUCAACGUGCUUUCGGUAGAGUUGACCGACGCAGUAGCGAAAGACAAGCCGAAUUACUGGUCUCGCUCCCAAAUCACUCUCCGGGCAAUAAUACUAUUUGUUACGCUCAAUGGAAUCAUGAACGGAUACGAUGGUUCCGUUGCAAGCUCUAUCAAUGCUAUGGACCAAUUCCACGACUACUUCGAUGUUGGCAAAACCGGACCUAAGAUUGGUUUGGUCAUGGCCAUUUACACUGCAGGCCAGAUAUGUGGAAGCAUUUUCUCGGCCGGCAUCAUUGACACCUUCGGACGGAAAUACGGAAUGGCCGUUGGCUCUGGCUUCAUUAUCAUUGGGUCCGUUGUCCAAGCCACAAGCCAGACCCUUUCAGCUUUUAUCGGUGGAAGAUUCCUUGUGGGUUUCGGUGUGCCUAUGUGCACAAUAGCGGCACCUACAUAUAUCGUUGAGGUCUCGUACCCGACCUGGAGAGGCUUAGCCGGUGGUCUCUACAAUGUACUUGGGUGGUAUAUAGGUUCUAUGACGGCAAGCUGGACUUGCUACGGGACGGCGAAUAUUGGCGGAAACAUGUCCUGGCGGAUUCCAUACAUCAUACAAAUCGUCCCGGCUGCGGUUAUCAUAUGCGUAGUAUGGUUCAUCCCGGAAAGCCCCCGGUGGCUGUUUGCACACCAAAAGGUUGAGGCCGCAACAGCUAUCCUCGUCAAAUACCAUGGAAACGGCAAUCCAGACUCCGCCGUGGUGAAGCUAGAGUGCGAAGAGAUAAAGUACUCCCUGGAAGCCGAGGCAGAGCUCAGCAGAGGCAGGUGGUGGGAUUACAAGAUUCUCGUCAAAACCCGCGCCAACCGGUACCGAAUGUGGAUUCUCGUUCUCAUCACGGUAUUCUCGAUGUUCACUGGAGGUUCUGUCAUCUCAUACUACCUCCCAUCUAUCCUUGAGACUGUUGGUAUCACUUCAUCGUCGCAACAGCUUCUCAUGAACGCAUUGAAUACCGUCUUUUCCUUCAGUGGUGGCAUAGUCGGCGCUUUCUUUGUCGAUAAGGCUGGACGUCGCCCUCUUCUAUUGUGGGGAGUCUUCCUGUCUGGAUUGGUAUACAUCCCCAUCAACGUUCUCGCUGCACUUUCCAACGGCCAUAUCGACACAGCCUCGGGGUACGCAUUCAUCGCUAUGAUAUUCCUCUACGGCAUUGUCAUGUCAUUCACUUGGACGCCACUUCAGGCCUUGUAUCCCGCCGAGAUUCUCAGCACAGAUAUCCGCGCCAAAGGCAUCGCAGCCGAUAAGUUCGUUUCCGGCAUUGCAAGCUUUAUCAACCUAUACGCAACACCAAUAGCGUUGAAGAAUAUUGGGUGGAAAACGUACACUAUCUUUCUCGUCCUGCACUUCGUUCACUUAGUACUCAUGUACUUCGUCACGGUGGAGACAAAGGGGCGAUCAUUGGAGGAGCUGGAGGAAAUCUUCAACGACCCCAAGCCAGUCAAGCGAAGCAAGCAAAUCAGCAGAGUCGUGGUCGGGGAUGGUGUGGGCGUCAAGGCCACCGACUCUUGA